ACCCGUGGGCGUAAUGUAGAGCCAUUCAGUCCGGUUGAACCUGAGCAACAAAUGAUAUGCCGAUGCCUUUCCGCCAUGUCGAAGUUUCUAGUAUUGCAGUCAAAGUGUCCAUCAGAAAGUUAUACAGAAGGGGACGUGUAUAUGCCACAUCCUGUACACAAGAUACUCUACAGCACGAAUGGUGUUCAAAGGCCUGAUCCAAUCGACCACGAACGUCCUUAUUCUUCUCUAAAAGGUAUCAACAGCGUACAUUGCCCACCACCACAUCUGCCUGAUCAAUGACAUAACGCCUCGCACACCAUACCGCAAACGGCUCACCAACGCCCAGAACCUGUAAGAACAGUAGCGUAUAUCCACAUCCCAAGCAGCCUCGUUGCACAUCGCCUCGCACCCUUUAAACCCGAUAUCUCGAUUCAGGAAACCGCUCUCCAACGGCCUUCGGCACGUUCGCAGCCGGCAUUUCAACCGAGCCACGCAGCG